ACCAUUUUACAAGCAUACAAAUAAUGGAAAAUAAUGGCAAUGAAAAUCCUGAGUCAUACAAAAAGCAAUCAGGCUUCCCUCCUGGGCAGAAUGAAUUAGGAUGUGAUAGUCCAAAAGAUAAAUUACAGAGGAGUCAAGUGGAGAAAGCAAGCGACCAUAGCCCAGGCUGUGAUGCUCUAACAUAUUUUCACAAGGAGAAGGAUUUUGAAGAAAAGCACAGCUUGAUUGAGAUGCGACAGAAGAAAGUAUCUAUAGUUUUGGCCCCUAUAUCUGAUGAUGCAAAAAAAUACAUUCAUUCCACUAUUGAUACUGUCAUCCAGCACAAGCAUAACAAACACUGCCUCGGUGUUCUACUCCUCAUUCACAAUGACACUGCUCCACCGGCAAUGACCAAUUUUAAGGUAUUAGAUGGAAUGGGCAAGGGUGUGGAAAAACUGAAGAUUGAAUUCGAAAAACUUGGCUUUGCUGUUGUUUGGCUCAAAAACCCAACAUCUGCAGAGGUGAAAGCUUCAAUGGAUUAUCUUUCAUCAGAAGAAGUCAUCACAACAAUCCCAGAGUCGUUUAAAUUCUUUGGAGUGUACGUCACAUGCCAUGGAAACAAUCGUACCUUCUUCACAAAGGAUGGAUCUAUGUCCUACGACUCAAUUGCCAGUGUGGCAAAAAGGGACAAUCUUCAGAAAAAGCUCCAACUUUUUCUCUUCAUAUUUGAUUGUUGCAGAAGUAGUCCCGCAACUGAUGUCGCUGCAUACCCUGACGGUAAAAUAAGUGAAGGUGAACCUAGCCUGCCGGAGAGCAACAUGGAUCCGAACACGAUGAUCCUGUAUGCGCAGUCGGGGGGAGGUACUACUUGGGGUCCAGGAGAUGGAAUUACGUACAUGGCUCAUGACCUGCUGGACCUCAUUGGUACUGACAUCCAUCUGGUGUCUCUGCCAACUAAGCUUCGAAAGAGGAAUAAUAAAAGGCCCUUGCCAUUGACGAUGAUUUUGCCUUCUCAUGACACUCUAUGUAAAGAAUUCAUUCUUGUCAAAGAGAGAGAUGACAAAAUGGCCCCUCGUCUGAAGGAACUAGUGGUUUUCUCUGGCGAUGGUGCUGUAGCUGAGCUGCAUGUCAACCCUCGUCCAUCUGUCAACUCGGCACACUUUGAACACGAGGAAUUUGACGUACAGAUGAGGCCAGGCAGCACUGAAAACUGGCUUUCUCUGAAGAUAUACGGAGAGACCUCCAGAAAAUAUAUGAGCAGCUCAUGUAGCGCAGCAUCAAUUGGUUCCUCACCAUCCUCUAGCACCGAUGGCAAAGUUAUCCUUACGGCUGUGCUGCCAGUUGAUCACCGAACUAGAGUCUCGAAUGCUGAGUUCAGAGUUAUUUCCAAGAUGUCUGGGGGGCUAUGCUUGCCUUCCAAUGUUGCAGUGGUUGCUCUACCUGAAAUCUCACAGCCAAAGAUAACCAAGACGAUCGUUUGUCUAAAGGAUUGCCACCCUCUGGAGCUCCAAACAGCAUGGCGUCUGGAAAACAAACUCUCACUCCAGCUAUCUAAAUUCUUGGUGCAUGUCUUCAAAAAUGGUACUGAAGUGCACACAACCGAAAUACUUGCUGAACGCAACAAAGCGGAGUACUCCGUAACAUUUGUUGUUCCAGAAGUGAUUAAAAGUGAGACCGGUGAUACAUACGAGGUGUGUGUGGAGGCAGAACGUGAGCAUGACAAGAAGAGAAUCCCCAGCAUUUGUAUGAAGGCUCCCAGGCCGGAAAAACAUUUUCCUAGCCUGAAAGAAGUUCAAAUUUCUGAAGAUGGUGCCACAGCGACUGCAACAGUUUCGUUCGAGUCUGUUCUAGAUGAUGAGACGCUCAAUGAACAGCAGUAUAACCUUGAAAUGAAGGUCGAAAACGAACAAGAGUGGAAAACGCUAACAAAAUUUCAAAAUUCCACUCUGAGUGAACCGGUUCCGAUUAAUAUUGGACGUCAAUCUCCGAUUGCUCUCCAAGAGUCCGCAUCUUUUGCCCUUAGGCAACCAGCCACACCCGAUCUCUGCCCUCCCGUGGCACGCAGCACUUCGAUUGACAGCACCGAUGCUCACAGAAUGACUCUCACUGCACUGCUUCCAUUGGAUCGAAAGAAAUGCGGAGUAAAAUUUCGGGUUAUCUCUGAACGACACAACAGUCUAUCGAUUCCCUCGAGCUCAAGUCCUAUUAUAGAUUUGGAGGAGAUUGCACAGCCAAAGAUAACCGAGACAACCGUUUGUCUCAAGGAUUGCCACCCUCUGGAGCUCGAAACAGUAUGGCGUCUGGAAAACAAACUAUCACUCCAGCUAUCUAAAUUCUUGGUGCAUGUCUUCAAAAAUGGUACUGAAGUGCACACAACCGAAAUACCUGCUGAACGCAACAAAGCGGAGUACUCUGCAACAUUUUUUGUUUCAGAAGUGAUUAAAAGUGAGACCGAUGAUACGUACGAGGUGUGUGUGGAGGCAGAACGUGAGCAUGACAAGAAGAGAAUCCCCAGCAUUCGUAUGAAGGCUCCCAGGCCGGAAAAACAUUUUCCUAGCCUAAAAGAAGUUCGAAUUUCUGAAGAUGGUGCCACAGCGACUGCAACAGUUUCGUUCGAGUCUGUUCUAGAUGAUGAGACGCUCAAUGAACAGCAGUAUAACCUUGAAAUGAAGGUCGAAAACGAACAAGAGUGGAAAACGCUAACAAAACUUCAAAAUUCCAUUCUGAGUGAGCCGGUUCCAAUUAAUAUUGGACGUCAAUCUCCGAUUGCUCUCAAAGAGUCCGCAUCUUUUGCCCUUAGGCAACCAGCCACACCCAAUCUCUGCUCUCCCGUGGCACGCAGCACUUCGAUUGACAGCACCGAUGCUCACAGAAUGACUCUCACUGCACUGCUUCCAUUGGAUCGAAAGAAAUGCGGAGUAAAAUUUCGGGUUAUCUCUGAACGACACAACAGUCUAUCGAUUCCCUCGAGCUCAAGUCCUAUUAUAGAUUUGGAGGAGAUUGCCAAACCACAGGUUCAGGAGGAUGGCCAUGUUCGUUUCUACAAUUGCCGCUCACCGAUGGCCACUGGUAAAUGGAAAAUUCAAACACCAUUGAGCGUUCAACUUUCAAAGUUCACCGUUCGCAUUUACAGAGGGGAUGAAGAAGUGGCAUUGUGUUUCGAAGAUGUUCCAUACAAACGUGACGAAGUUGACUACUGUUUUGAAAUCCCUAUUGCUGAAUUAACCCAGAAAGUGGAUCGAGUAAACCAAUAUGCUGUCUGCAUUGAAGCAACUCGUACAGAUGAUAGUGUGAUUAAGAGUGAUAAAGUUGAUUUGACUACAAAACCAGAAUUGUGCUACAAUAUAUGGACUCGCAAGUGUGUCUGCUACGUGGCAGCCAUCUUUGCUCUCAUUAUUGGGGUUACGCUUGCAACAAUACUGAUAAUUGACAUUAACCCACAUUAUCUCAAAUCUGACAUCCCCUGGGCCCCGGCUAAUCUAGUCUCGGAAAUCCCCAAGCCCCCUAGAGAUUCCCUGAGCUCGCCGUUUAGGACAACUGAUUUUACCCAAGAGAUUGUUGAGAGAAAAAAAAAUGAUGAAUUGACGAUUUACUGUGCAGAAAUUGAGAUCAAACGUUUGAAUAACCAUCAAAAAGUGAAGUACAAAUUGUCAUUCAAUCAAUUCAAUCAAAACCUCACCGAAACCACAGCGCUUUUACCUCUGUCUCUAGCUAAUCCCACAGCGUAUUACGUCCUCUCACAGUCAAAGUUGUCUGUUUAUCUUUGCCUUUCAGACGGAGAGGUGCAUCCUCUAUCAGUCAAGCUUCUUCUUUACAAAAGAAUAGACCAAAGUUGGGAACCAGAAAAUAAUGUGGUCGUAGCUAGUCAAAAUGUUACCUUUAAUAGCAGUUCAUGUGCCAACACUACAGUGAUUGCCCCUGAAAGUACAGUUGUGUACCUGGCCCUGUCAUCGCCCGAUAGUGUGAGCUUUAAAAGCAUUACAGGUAAUGUGAAACAAUUCUACUAUGAUGAAACAUCACUAGAUAUCGUGAACGUUUCCAAUAUUGUGUCAGAAGAACAUCCAAAGAUAAUUUCCGGCUCUUCGAGUAAGAAACUUGUUUGUUAUGUGUGGGGAGGAUUCGACGACGAUUCGAACAUUUUCUAUGAAAUAAUUUUUUUACGUGUCCCUGUCGUGUGGAAGAAUUGGACACCUUCAGUUUUUAUUCUGGUUUGUAUUUGUCUACUAUUUUCACUGUGUGUUUGUAUUGUUUUUAGUUGUAGCUUUGCAGCUCGUAGGAGACAUGUAACUCAUAAUUAUACACUAGUCUAGCUAGAUCUAGUGUUUUAAUAAUUAUAAUUAUAUAGUUUCUGGAAUUGAUUUUGCAUACAACUAUCAUGCAUGCAUGGGUUCUACUAG